CUAGCGCGUGCGCGCCCUUCCCUCCAGCGCGCGCCCCGCGCCUGGGACUAGGCUGGAGUCGCGCGUGCAGCUAGCAGGGAGGCAGCUGGGCGUCCAGAGCCGCGGCCGCAGCGCGCAGCUGGCAGAGACUCUCGGCUGGCCACGCACUUGCCUCCUCUGGGGCCUCCAGGAGCCUCUUGGCGCUCUUCUUCCCAGCCCGGCCCCAGCAGGCUCCACCGGCCUUGGCCUGGGCUGCAUUUGCCGCUACUCACUGUGCCCUGGACAGAGGGACGCCCGCCCCGUCACGUGUGUCCAAGUCCUCCGCCAGUCGGGGCAGCGUGGUUCCCAUGGUUCAAGCCUGUGCUAUCUGUUGCAGGCUGUUGAUGGAGAGGUGGGCGGAUGACAGCCGGGACUGUGGUCAUCACUGGGGGCAUCUUGGCAACUGUGAUUCUGCUCUGUAUCAUCGCUGUUCUGUGCUAUUGUCGGCUUCAGUAUUACUGCUGCAAGAAGGACGAAUCCGAGGAGGACGAGGAGGAGCCCGACUUCGCAGUGCACUCACACCUGCCGCCCCUGCAUUCCAACCGCAGCCUUGUGCUGACCAACGGGCCUGCUCUCUACCCAGCUGCCACCACCUCUUUCAGCCAGAAGUCCCCGCAGGCCCGGGCCCUCUGCCGAAGCUGCUCCCACUACGAGCCGCCCAGCUUCUUCCUGCAGGAGCCAGACGACAGCGACUUUGAGGGUGUGCGCAACGGUGGAGGCCGAGUGGCUUACAGAAGCAUCAGCCAGGAGGACGUGGAGCUGCCCCCCACAAGUUUCGGGGGCCUGCAGGCGCUCAACCCCAACCGCCUCUCUGCCAUGCGUGAGGCCUUUUCCAGAAGCCGCAGCGUGAGCACCGACGUGUGACAGGCCUCCAUUCUGCCCAGGCUCCCAGCCCUGGAGGGUCUUGAGAUCAUGGCAAGAUCCCCAUGGCACACCCUUGCCCAAUGCCCAGACAUCUGCUCAGCCAAGUCUAUCCCUGUCCUAGGGGCUCCAGGGAUGGGGAACUCCCAGGCCCUCUACAGGGAUAAAGCCCAAUGAACCAGAUGUAGCAGCUGGGGGUAGGGACCACUGGCACAGGAUGAGAGGCAGAGGACAAGAGGGUAAGGUGAGGCUAUGUUGGGGCACAGGGGCCAGAUCCUGUUUCCAGGAAGUGAGGAGAUGUCAACCCCAGCAACUUGUCUGGCUCUGGUUUCGUGGUCUUAGCCUGUCACUCCCUCACCAGGCC